AUGUGCAGGGAGGGUCACCACCAAGCCAACGGCAAACCACAUGAGGACCAGGACGAGGCGAGCCUGCCAUCCUGCAGUAUUCAAACAGAGAAGAAAUCCACUGCGGAAAACACACAAAGAACAAUUCAUACACCUGCAGAGAACACACCUGGAUGCAAUGCAGCCAAAACACACCGACCUCACUACCAUCAAGAGUGUCGACUGCCGUGGGCGUCAUGGGAGCCGCAGCUAAACAGUGAAGUACAGGCUUUUAACCAUAACUCAUGGUCUUCCUCCCUGGGAUGGAAUGUGGUCAGUGGAUCUUUUUAUUACAGCUACUGUUUCCAAGACACAGGUCGAUCUGUCGGGAGCAGAACUGCUCCAAAACAUUUGUCUCAUCAGUCUGGAGAAGUUUUGCUCAUCCAGGAGAGACGAUGCCGAGAACUACUCAGCAGAGAGCCCACGCCGGGAGUUCACAGCACAAAGCUAAUGAGUGAGUCUGAUGUUUCCGACGCUGCAGGACUGAACCCGUUCGGCGCCACAUGCACACAACAACACGGCGCGGGGCCUCCUAUAGACGCUGUAAUGUACCGUCACGUCGUGUACAUUUGCAAUGCUAAGCAGCAGCCAGAUCCCCCUCCCCCUGCCGCCAUCUCCAUCUCCCCCCUGCCCGUGCAAAUGUCAGCCUUCACAUCCUCUGCUAUCAAAGGCUCCGCAGCCGCAGCAGGAUCCACCCCAACCUGA